AUGAACGAAUUUUAAAAGAUAAUGAAUUAGAAAAAUUUAAGAACAAUUUUGAAAAUGAUUGUUAGAUGUGAAAUAUUUUUAAAUUUACAUAAGUUAUAUAUUAAAUUAAAAAACAUGUGGUGAUAAAAAAAUUAUGUAAAUAUAAAUUAUAUUACUCUAAAAUAUAUUAAAAUAAAUAAUUAAAUAAAAGUAAUAAAAUCAUAAUAAAUCAUAGAUAUUAUAAAAUAUAUCUGCAAAAAAAUUUUAUUGAAUUUAAUAUUUGCAAAAAAUUAUUCAAAUAUUUCAUUCAAAAAAAGUGUAAAAUUUGUAUUUAAAAAUUACUUAGGAAUAUAAUUUGGUAAUUUAGUAAAGGACUAUUAUGUAUGUACGUAUGCAUAUAUGAUGUGUAUAUAUAUAUAUAUAUAUAUACACAUAACAUAUGUUAAUUUAUCUUCUUAAUAUUGAUAAUUCAUUGAUUUCUAAAAAUGUAAGGCAAGAAAUUGAUUAUAAUUAUAAUAAUUUAAAAAAUUAUUAGUUACAUAAAAAGUUAUAAAUUUGUAAAUAAUUACGUCGAAAUUAAACUAAUUGUCAUUUAUAUAUUAUCUACAAAUGUAAGGUUAUAUACUUAUUAAUUGAUGUAAUGAUUAUUUUGAACAAAUAUUUUAUCUUUUCUAAUAAAAAUAGUUAGUUUAUGUAUAAUAAAAGAUCUAAUAUACUUUUAUUUAUAAAUAUAAUAGAUAUUUUUUAAAAAUUAAAUUCCUUUAAUAUUUUUUUGUUUGUAAAAAAUUUUGUCAUUAAUUUUUAUUUUAAACCUCACAAGUUUUAAUUUAAUUUUACUGUAUAAUAAUAUAUUUCCUUAUAUAUAAUUAAAGUUCAAAAAUAAUAUCUAGUCUUAAAUUUCAGAAAUCAUAAAUAUGAGAUCACAUAUACAUAUUGAAACUUUUAUAUAAUAUAUUAUUUAUUAUUAUUCGAAUAUAUAUUGUCUUUAUUCAUAAUCUAUUUAUUGUUAUAUUUGUCUAUCUAUUUAUUGCUAUAAAUAAAUACAUAUAAUCGCAAAACAAAAAUUUUAUGUGUAAUUGUAAUAUGUAUAAUUAUUAUAAGAAGUUAUGGAAAUUUCAUUACAUAUAUAUAAAUAUGCGAAACAAUUGAAAUAAAUUAUAUCUUCUAAAAGAGAGAUAAUUUGCAAUAAAACACAAUUUAGAAUUAAUUUUAUAUAUUUUUAUAUAUUAGUACAUUUAAAAAAUAUAAUCACAUCUACUUUUUAAAUGAAAUUCUUUUAAUUAUGCUAUUCUUAAUAUAAUAUUUAUUAUUCUGAAUAAUAUAUUUAUAAAAUGAGUUUAAAAAUUAUAAUUUAAAAUUUGUUAAAUUAUAUUAAUAGAUACAUUUAUUUAGAAUAUUUAUGUUAUAAUAAUCUUUUAUUUAUUUUUUUAAAAAUUCAAUUAAUAUAAGUCGCGAACAUUUUCGUAGGUAAUAUCAUCUCAUAUAUCUACAUAAACACUUAAUAAUUAUAUGUAUUUAUUUAAUCAUACUAUAAGUAAAUAUAUAUGUAAGCAAACGAAAUAUAUAUAAAAACAUAUAUAAUAAAAAAAAAUGGAUAUUUCAUCAAAAAACAAUAGUUACAAUUUAGAUCAUGCUAUAGCAGGAGCUGUUAGUGGCUUUGUAACAAGAUUUGCUUGUCAACCUUUAGAUGUUAUAAAAAUUAGAUUUCAGUUACAAGUUGAACCUAUUGCUAACUAUCAUGUUAGUAAAUAUCAUUCUUUUUUACAAGCAUUUUAUUUAAUACUUAAGGAAGAAGGUAUUACAGCAUUUUGGAAGGGACAUAUUCCUGCUCAAUUAUUGUCAAUUGUAUAUGGAACAACUCAGUUUUAUUCGUAUCAUAUAUUUCUGAAAAUAUUUCAUAAUUUUUCAUUGUUAAAUGAAAGGAAAUAUUCAACAAAUUUCGUAGCUGGAGCAAGUGCUGGUUUUUUAGCUACAAUUGUAUCAUUUCCUUUUGAUACUAUAAGAACCAGAUUAGUAGCACAAUCAAAUAAUUAUACAAUUUAUAAAGGAAUUCUUCAUUCUUGCAGUUGUAUUAUACAACAUGAAUCUCCAAAAGUUUUUUUUUAUGGAUUAUUACCAACUUUAUUGCAAAUUGUACCACAUACAGGUUUACAAUUUACAUUUUAUGGAUAUAUGAAUGAUAAAUAUAAGAAAUAUUAUAAUGAAACUAAUAUUAGUUUUUACAAUUCUAUGAUAUCUGGUAGUGUAGCUGGUCUAUUAGCUAAAACUGCAAUAUAUCCUUUUGAUCUUAGUAGAAAAAGAUUACAAAUACAAGGAUUUAGAAAUGGCAGAAAAGGUUUUGGUACUUUUUUUGAAUGUAAGGGACUUAUAGAUUGUUUAAAAUUAACAAUAAAAGAAGAAGGAAUAAAAGGAUUAUUUAAAGGUUUAAUGCCAAGUCAAUUGAAAGCCACUAUGACAACAGCAUUACAUUAUACAGUAUAUGAGCAAACUCUAAUAGCAUUAAAAACAUUAAGAUCGGAUAUUUCAAAAUAAUAAAUUUGUAAUAACACUAAUAUAUAAUAUAUAAUAUAUAUUAGUAUUAUAUUAUAAUAUAUUAUAAUAUAUAACAUAUUCUUUUAUUAUUGUCAUAUGUAAAAAUAUAGAUAAUAAAAGAUAUAUACAUAUUACAUAUUACAUAAUACAUAUAUACAUAUUACAUAAUGUACAUAAUAUAUAUAAGAGUAUAGUAAAACUAAAAUAUGAUCUUUGAUUUUUAAUCAUAUUUAUGCAAAGAAUUAAAUUAUAAAAAAAAUAUCAAUAUAAGUUUCAAACUUGUUAAUAUAAUUUUCUUUAUUUAUUAUUCCUGUUUUAAUAACUUAUUGUAAAAUAUAUACAUGAUAUCAUAUACCAAAAUACCAGAAAAUAUAAAAUAAUAAUUUUUUAUAAUAUUUAACUUAAAUUGUUCUUAUAAUUGAAGUGGAGUAGGCAUUUCAUCUGGAUUUCCUUUUAAAACUGCUAUAAUAUUUUUAGCAGUAAUUAUUGACAUUUUCUCUCGAGUUUCUAUAGUAGCACUACCAAUAUGUGGUAAUAUCACUAAAAUACAAAUGAAUUUUGAAUUUUUUAAUAAAUUUAAAUUUAAAAAAUAUAUAUAUAUAUAAAAAUAUUUUUUAUUGCACUUACCACAAUUAUCUAAUUUCAGUAGCUCACUAUCUAAUGGAAUAGGUUCAGGAGUCAUAACAUCUAAGCCAGCAGCUCUAAUUAUUCUAUUUUUUAAAGCUUCUAUUAGAGCAGAUUGAUCAACAACUUCUCCUCUACUAACAUUUAUAAAUAUAGCAGAUUUUUUCAUUUUUUUAAAUGUAUCUUGAUUAAACAUCCGUCUUGUGUCAGGAGUUAAAGCUAUUGUAACAAUUACAAAAUCACUUUUUUCUAACAAUAUAUCAAGCUUUACUUUUUCUCCUCCAAAUUCAGAUGCUUCUUGCUUAACAUUUCUACUUGUAUAUAAUAUUUUAGAAAUAUUAAAACUUUUAAGACAUUUUGCUACUUGAAUACCAAUACGACCUAAUCCUACUAUUCCAAUUGUUGAUUUAGAUAAUCCAGGCCCACACAUCCAAGUAGGUGACCAUGCUUUCCAUUCACCCCUAUAAAAAUUAUAAUUCAAAUAAAAUUUAUAGUUAAUUAUAUAAUCUAAAAUAUUUAAUAAGAAUAUAUUUUUAUUUUAUACUCAUAAACAGCUCUAUUUGCUUCUAUCAAUCUUCUGGAUGUAGCUAAUAAUAAUGCUAUAGUUAACUCAGCUGUUGCAUCUGUUAAAAUGCCUGGUGUAUAACCAACUUUAAUAUUCCUUUUUUUUAAGGCUUGUAAAUCUAAGUGAUCAACACCUACUGACAUAGAAGCCACAACUUUUAAUUGUGGUCCUGCUGCAUUUAAUACUUCUUCAUCUAUUUUAUCUGUUAAUAAACAAUAAAUACCAUCUAUAUUUUUGAUUUUUGAUAAUAAUGCAGAUUUAGGAAUUGGUUCGGGUUUUUCCCAUAUAACAACAUCACACCUAAAAUAUAACGAAAAUUAUAGAGAUUAAUAAAUAGUUUUUUCAUAAUAAUUUCAUAAAAAAAAUAUAAUAUUUGUAAAAAAUAUUUAAAGAAAAUAUUAAAAUAAUAUAUUAUUUUAUUAAUAAAUAUUAAACUAUAUAUACAUUUUAUAUAUAUAAAUUUUAUAUAUGUUUAUUGAAUACUAUUAUAUAUUAUAUAUUAUAUAUAUAUAUAUAUAUAUAUAUAUAUAAAACAAUCUGAAAAGCAUAUGAAAAAUACAUAUUUAAAAACAAUGAAAUAUAUUUUAAGUCUUUUUUAAUAUAUAGAAAAGUACUUACUGUUCUUUAAGCAAAUUUAAUGCUGCAGAUGGAAUAUCCGGACGUGUAAUUAGAACUCUUGGUCGAUUCAUUUUUAUUCUUGAUGUGAAAAAUUUCUGAUUAUGUAUUGAAAGUUUAAGAGCAAUAAAAAAUAAAGAUUUAGUUUGAUUUAGUUUUUCAAAGAUAGAAAAAUUAAAUAAGGACAUUUUUAUUAUUUUUAAUUUAAUAUUGUAAAACUUAUUUUUUCAUGUAGUUUUUAUACUAUAAAUGUGAAAAUGAAUGAAGAGAAAAAGAUAUAACCUUAUUUACUGUUGUUAAAAUAUUUUUAUUUUUCAUUUAUGAUAUUAAAUUUUUUAUAAAUAAAUUCAUAUUAUAAUUAAUUGUAAUCUAGAUUUUUUUUAUUUAUCUGAUUUUGAGAAUUUUCUUAAUAAAACCAAUAUUACAUUAUAAUGUUAUAAUAUUACGUUAUAAUGUUAUAAUAUUUUAUAUUAUAAGUUUUAAUUCAUUUUUUUAUAUCUUUUUUCGCAUUUAUGAUUUAUAUUUAAAAUAAAAAUAUAAAUGAUAUAAAAAAUAAAAAUGAUUUAUAUUUAUUAAAAAUUUUGUUUUUAAAUUUUUGUAUGAAUAAACAUUUUUAAUAAAAAAUAAUAUAUUAAAACUAUGAUUAGAAUUUUUAUUAUUUUUAAUCCUAUAUCUCUAACUAUCAAAAUAAUAUAAUUAUAUUAGUAUAUAUAUUUUAUUAUUUAUAUUAUUUAUAUAUUUUAUUAUUUAAUAUUUAAUUAUUGAUCAAAAUUUUUAUUUAUAAUUAUUCUUAUUAUUAAGAUCAGAGAGCUUUGAGUUUUCGUAAUUUUUGUUAGCUGCUAAAAUAGUAUUUUUCAUUAACAUUGCUACAGUCAUAGGACCUACACCUCCUGGUACUGGAGUUAUAUGUCCAGCAAUUGAUUUUACAUUUUCAAAAUCUACAUCUCCUACUAUUUUAUAUUUAUUAUCCAUUUUUAUUCUUGUAAUUCCUACAUCAAUUAUACAUGCUCCUGGUUUUAUCAUUUCCUUAGUGAUUAAACCAGGUAUACCAGCUGCAACAACAACUAAAUCUGCCAAUUUUGUAAAUUUUUCUAAUUCAGUAUGAGGAGUAUGACGAUGACAUAUAGUUGUAGUCAUAUCUAGUGCACCUCUAUCUAAGAAUUAAUUUAAUAUUAAGAUUUCAUAGAUUUUGCAAUUAUGUUAUCAAUGUUAAUGUAUCACAUAUUCAUUAAAUUAUAUACCUUUACUGUCACCAUGUAAAAGUAAUGCAAUAGGUAAACCAACAUGUUUAGAUCUUCCUACUACAACUGCAUUUUUUCCAAAAGUUUCAAUAUUAUUUCUUAUUAUCAAUUCUUUCACAGCCAAAGCAGUUGCAGGAAUAAUUCCAUUUCUAUUUAAUGCUAAAUUACCUAAAUUUUCUAAAUGAAAACCAUCAACAUCUUUACUUGGUAUAAUCGCCUGACAAACUUCUUGUUCAUUCAUAUGCUUUAUUAAUGGCAAUUGCACAAGAAUUCCAUCUACAGUCUUAUCUUUAUUUAAAUUAUCAAUUUCAUUAAUAAUAUCUUGUUGUGAACUUUUCUCAUCUAAGUGAAUAGUAUAAUUUUCAAUUCC